AUGGUUUCUGUCCUAGCUACAGCCCUGAGCCUGGCUGGGUGGGUGUCGCAUGUCGCCGCCCACGCAGAGCUUUCCGGGGUCAGCACUUCAUCGCUCCGCGGCCAGGCGACGGUAGUGGAUGCUCCCAGUGCUCCGGUCUUCUUGGACAGUGCGAUUUUCGAGCGCUUGGAGCACUUCAAGGAUGUCGGCGUCCCCGCAACGCUACAGGACCAGAUCGGGCGCGCGACGAUUGCAGACGGCACUUGCCGCUCCGUUGUGUCACCUGGGUCUGGUCCUUUUCCCUUGGAUGGCUAUGCUUUCUGGCACCACAACCCGGAACGAGUCGAUGUAGUCUUGAAGGCGCUGGUCCAACUGCCCUCCACAUCGCAGCCCUCGAAGUUUGUGAUUGCGGCAAAGAAGCAGCUGCCAAGUGCCUGCUUCUAUGGGAACCAAACCAACAAGCUGGACCUCUACCAGCCGGAAGACUUGGCCAAGGCGCUUUACAAUUGGCACCGGGCCAUUUGCGACCUCGACUGGGAGGACCCAGCUGAGCAGCCCCAGCAGCAGGCUCUCACUACUGGCUUCAUCUGCAUGGCUUCCUGCGACACCGCGAAGAUGGAGCUCCCUGCUGCAGCCGUGGAUGCCUUCUCAGCCAGCAUGGCGGCAGCGCAAGCAGUAACGAAGAGCAUGUGUGCUGCCAUGCCUUGGACCUCGAAGGGGCCGGUAACACCGCUGGAUGGCCUUAAGUCCUAUGAGGAGAUUGCCAAAGCAACUGAACCAUGGCGUCAA